UAAUGUGGUAAUGGCACCAAAGGUCAGUCAGCAGCAAAACCAACCACCAGUCAGACACAAGUGGGACUAAAUCCAUAACGUUUUUUUUAUUACAGAUAGCUACAUUACUGUAAUGUGCGGAGCCCACUCUUUCAAGACAAAGGCCGGUUAUUUAAUGAGUCCAAAUUUUCCGAAUAAGUACAAACCCAAUAUAAACUGCCAGUGCAGACUGACGUCCACCAAUGGGGAAAACAUACACAUUCAAAUAUUGUUCCUCUCCAUACAUUUCCAAGACCCCUGUACCGAUUGGCUAAAGAUAAAUAAUAAGAAAAAGUGCGGCUUUUCAACAGAUGUCAUAGAAGCCCCCACGUUUGACUUGGAAUUCCACACCGACGAUAAAGAGCACCAUUCUGGAUACUGGUUGUACUUUAAAGCUUCGGGGUCUGGUUCAGUGAACGUCGAGUGUGAUAACUUCCCUAUUCCCGAUAACAAUGGAAAAAGCACAACCACCACCACCACCACCACUACCACUAAAAAGAUGAUCACUACUCUUUUGUCUAAAAAAGUUCCUACGACAACAACUGUUUCCACGCCAAGUUCCACUAGAACAUCGACAACCACAACUACCCCCACAAAACCAUCCUUUCCUCCGACAACCACUUUGUCGACGACGACCAUGACUACUUCAGCAACGACAACACGCGUGACAACAUCGAGUAUCUCCACCACGACAACACCCUUGACACGAACACCUGCUUUUACUUCUAAGGCCACAGUUACGACCACAACAGCGUCAUCAACCACAUCACCAACUCGAACAACAAGCCCAUCGACGUUUAAGCCCACGUCUUCUGAAACAACCCUGCCUACGCCAAUCGGGCCUUUCAAGCAAACAACAGGUUAUCAUCCCGAAAAAGGAGAAAAUGCCAGUGAAGGAUCAGUAACAACUGCUAGUACUACGAGAGUUCUUUUCAAUAUUUCUGAAACAGUUGUCUUUACACCAUCCACGAGAUUUUCAACAACAACUAAUGCAACGGUUGGUGCAAUUGUAGAAGAGGAAAAGGGGUUUACAUUGUUGGGUUGGAUCAUAGUAUGUGUGGCAAUAGUCGGUUUGAUGCUUAUCCUUCUAAUCCUUGGUCUUCUCUUCUGGUGCCGAAGAAAGAGAAUGAAGAACGAAGAGACUCAAACAAACGGAAACGCAUCGGCAACCAUUGAUGUUGUCGUCACUUCGUCAAGUGGAGUCACUGAAGAAAAUUGUGAUAAAACAAGACUAGUAACGAACGCUGACGAAAGCACGCAGUUUGGGAAUGGCUUCAUUUCUAUGUCACACACGACGGGGACCAUCAACCAAGCCCUAGUCAUUGUAGAGAACGUAUCCAAUGAUAGUAAUCCUGUUGCGUCUAUCCUGAGCAAAGCUGUCCAAGUCAAUCUGGAUCCAGAUAUUACCUACGACGAUAACAUCAUCAUUAUCGGUAGGGCAGAGUUUGAGAUCGACUCCGUUGCAAAUCUUUAUUCAAGAAUUCGACACAAAGAUAAAGGGAUUCAAAUCGGAUCUGGUGUACUCCCAUGCGAAAAGGAUGCUGGAAAGGCCACAACACGCUCCGGGUGUUUGUACGAAGAUGUCCAGCUUGCACCAAAAGCUGCUAAAAGGUCUUCACUUCAGGGAGUGCUCUCACCCGCAGCGCCUGCAACGAAGCAGAGGAAAAGCAAACACAAGCCAGACAAGCAAGACCAGACGGAAUAUUUAGAACUCCCCGUUCUAAAUGUGAAUGACAAGAAGCAAAUUCCACAAAGCCCCGUGUCCAGCAUUGACCACGUAAGGAAGAGAACUCGCCGUGGUCCUCCCAAACGCAUGGACUAUCUGGAUGUUACGGUUCCGGACAGAUCGCAUAGAUCCAAUGUGUCUACGGAUCAGGUGAGGAAAAAGGCGCGAAAGGAUACAGCCAAACGUAUUGCCAGGUUGACCAACAGCCAAGAGGAAACUGAAAGGAAACCAAUGGUGUCUACAGAGAACGUCAAGCAGCAGGCCAGGACUGUUGGCGGUCGCAAAAUCAAGGCUGUUGCUCGCCGUCGCAGUAGUUCCAGCGGUAUAGAUAUUUGCACUCCUGUCCCCGCCGCCAGUACCAUUGACGGGUACACCAGCGACGAGUACCAAACCAGCAUUUCUAGUCAUGGCAUGACGUCUGAAGACCUGCCGAGUGAAUUAGAGGAGGAAAGUUCUGGCAGUGAAACGAGCUCACAUUUUGAAACCAACUCCAACAGGAAGGCGUCGAUACUAUCAUUGUCAGUUGUUGAUGAGAUGGUAAUGUCACCAGAAACGCCGGAUAAUUCUGGUUCUGAUUCAGACUGGGACAAGAAAUCGGCGAUAUCCAUCUGAGCACGUUUGCCCAUCGACGAUUUACAACGGAUUUAAAGCAUAGGUCAUGCACUUGUCUCUUGUAAAAACUUAAUUUUUACAUGUAUAUCUCAUAUGGUUUCCUAUAUAGGAUACCUUGUUGCUUGUUUAGCUUUGUGUUUCUUCGAAGUUAAGGGCACAGAAUACAGGGCACUCUUAACAUGUCCACAGAAACUGUUUUUAUAGAAUUGGGAUUCAAAUUCUCUUAGCCAAAUGUUCCUUCGCAAGUAAGCUAAGGGUAAUAAAGUCUUGCAAUACCAGACCUUUAUGUAUACAUUAUCAUUAUAAUAUAAGUUACAAGCUAUAAGGAUGAAAGAAA